AUGCUACAGAAAGGAUCAGUGCUCUGCAGGGGUUCAGGUUUGUCUCUUCGUGCUUGCAGGUACGGUUGCUCGAAGGUGAGUGUGGAUGUGCCACAUAAUAAAAUAACUGGACCUGUUGCCGAGCUUGCACGGGUCCUGUACUUCACUCGACGUGAAGCCGAGGAGAUGAUGCAUGCGCCAAAGCUGGACCCGAAGGUGCGACACUAUGCAACCGACACUGCGAAUUAUGCGCACGACUUGGAGUUCUUCGCAAGGCAGUUGGGGCUGGCACUGAAGAUGCCAACUGGCGUGGACCCGCCUUAUCUGCCUUUGGACAUGAUGUCCAUGCCGGACCCAUCGCUUUUGGCGUUGCUGCCGACCCAUCUUGGCCCUAGCGGACAUCAGGCUCCCCUGCUUCGGACCGGUAGCUUCUUGUGA